AUGGGUAACGAAGAAUCGACCAUCGUGGAUGAGUCCACUCGUCCUUCAGUGUUGGAUGCACGCAAUAUUGAUGCGGUAGCCAAAUAUGUGAAGGAUGAAAAUGUCCGAAAAGUCGUGAUAAUGGUGGGAGCUGGAAUUAGUACCUCAGCUGGAAUUCCUGACUUCCGAUCCCCAGAUACGGGACUUUAUGCCAACCUCGCCUUUCUAGACCUAGAAGAACCAGAGGAUGUGUUUGAUAUUGAGUUUUUCCGGGAGAACCCAAAGCCGUUCUAUGCACUGGCGCACGAAUUGUAUCCCGGACGUUAUCGCCCAACGAUCGCACACUCUUUCGUCAAACUGCUCUAUGACAAGGGGAUGUUGUUGAAACACUUUACGCAAAAUAUCGACUGCCUCGAGCGUCAGGCGGGUCUUCCUGAUGAUAUGAUUGUCGAAGCUCAUGGCAGCUUUGCCACGCAGCGCUGCAUUGAAUGCAAAUUACCUUAUCCCGAUGAUAAAAUGAAGGAGGUCAUUGAGAAAGCUGAGGUACCACACUGCCUGCAUUGCAAUAGCCUUGUCAAACCCGACAUCGUGUUUUUCGGGGAGGCCCUGCCGGCCGUAUUUCAUGAUAACAGGACGCUGCCGGAAGAGGCGGACUUAUGUAUCGUCAUGGGAACUAGCUUGACGGUACAACCCUUUGCCAGUUUGCCAUCAAUGUGCAGGGAUGGCACACCCCGUGUACUCAUCAAUUUACAACGUGUGGGUGGAUUGGGAUCGCGACCGGACGAUGUGUUGAUACUGGGGGAUAUCGAUGCUGGGGUACGGAAGCUUGCCAAAGCUUUGGGCUGGGAAGAGGAACUAGAGGCCGUUUGGGAGGAGACUAACCCUGAUCCUGAAUCCAGGGAGAAGGAGAAUGCUUCCCCGCAAACUCGGGACGAGCGGCUCCGGGAGGAGAUUGAUCGGCUUACGGAGGAUAUUGACCGCACCUUGGGUAUGACGGACGCAUACCAAAAGAGAGUUCGUGAACGGUUGGGAGACUAUAGUGACUCAACUAGUUCGAACAGUUCAAUCAGCUCGACCGAGAAUGGAUUGGCGCAUGUAUUCCCGCACUUGGCGCGUAAAUCUCACUAG